CAGCAGCAGCAGCAGCAGCAGGGAGUAAAGUGCAGGAGAGACCGGAGCAGACAUCAGCACCGGAGCUGGAAAAGAAGAGAGUAAGUCAGCCCGGCUGUAUGAACCAAAAAACCACCAGCACCGCCGCCAGUUAUUUUCCACCGCUCCAUCCAAAUCAACCACAAAGACCACAGCUGUCAUUGUGUCAACGCUGAGAUUGUUGUCCUCUCGGCGUUUCUCUCUCCUCCGGUCGUUGCCUUUGUUUUGGAAGGAUGCAUGAAAAGGACGAACUUUGGUCCAGUUUUUCAUUCCCCUUUCUGCUGCCGUGCACCUUCCCCGUUGUUCCUCUGACUGAACAGCCGGUUUCUCUUGUUCCGAACGGGAUGCAUUGUUGCCACUGCGCAACCCACGACAAGUGUCAGGGAUCAGACGUGUGUGUGUCGGUGAACCGGUUAUCUUCUCAAGACCUGUUGUAAAGGCUGCUGUGGCUGUGCUGCAGCUGGAGCUGGACACUGCUGGACUUCAGCUGCUCACUGACAACAAAACUAGGGAAGAAAGGAAGCGGAUUCCAUCCUUGGCAGACCUUACACUUUCUCCCUUCCCAGUGUGGAAUUCAGGCGCUUUCACGGGAAUUAAGUUAAUUGGGAACAAUAUGGUGGAGCCAGUGGGAUUCCUAGAGGCGUGGAAAGCACAAUUCCCAGAUUCGGAGCCCCCCAAGAUGGAGCUGCACUCAGUGGGAGGAAUCGAACAUGAGCUGGAGAAGUGUAAGUCGUCAAUACGGCGCUUGGAGCAAGAGGUGAACAAGGAGCGCUUUCGCAUGAUCUACCUACAGACCCUGCUGGCCAAGGAGAGGAAGAGUUAUGACAAGCAACGAUGGGGUUUUAGGAAGACCCCGCUAAAUGAGGGCAUGGACCCCUCAACAGCACAGCACGGUGCAGAGUCCCAGUCCCAGGGGCCACACAUGCAGGAGACUGGUGUUGUCGGAGUUGGAGGUUAUGUUGGAGGAAGUGGAGGUGUUGUGGACAGAAGGGGGUUUCAGCCUCUCGAUACACCUGGAAGGACCAAACCCAGACCUCCACCUGCCAGGAAGUCAGCUUCACACGGAGAUGGCUUGGAGUGCGCAUUUGAAGUUCCUCAGCAAGUCGAGUCGACUUCCUGCGACAACCUUGACGGCCUUUCACCAUCCAAACAGAGAGGGGGCGCCGUGUCCGUCUCUCCGAGAAGACCCACCCUUCCACCUCCAGAUAAGGAGCUGCCCUCUGACCCCAAGGACAAACUUGGCAUGGGGCUCGGUGUGGCAGCUCUAAGGUCAAACUUUGAGAGGAUAAAGAGGGCCAACUCUCACUCUGCAGGAGAUGCAGCUAAAGGCCAGGAGAAGUUGCCACCACCGCCUCCACCGCCAUUUUACACAAAUAUGGAAUUCCAUCAUGAUAGGGGACUAGUUAGGGUCAACGACCGCGACGUCUCUGACAAAAUCAGCUCCCUGGGCAGCCAGGCCAUGCAGAUGGAGCGGAAGAGAUCCCUCCACUCUCUCCCAGGUAAUCUGGCAACGGUAGCUGGGGAUCUCCGUCCCAGGCCGGUGUAUAGGGGGCGCUCCACUGAGAGCACCUGUGGCUAUGACGCAGAAUAUGAAGACGGAGAACCCAAUCAGAGACAUUCAGGGAGGGCCAACGGAGGCAAACCCCCCCCUCCACCUUGGCAGCCGUCUGAUUUCCAGGCUUACUCCAGCGUCUACGUCGGUGGAGUGAUGAUGGGCGAAGGUGGUGGUGGAGACGGCAGAGCGGGCGGAGGCGGAGGUGGUGGUAGUGGAGUCGUGAUGAGAGAGCACGGGGGAGGAGAUGACCACCUUCUGACGUGGCCACGUCGCUCGUACUCCCCAGGUAGUUUUGAGGAUGUGGGCGGAGGCGGUGGCUACACGCCGGACUGUAGCUCUAACGAGAACCUGACGUCCAGUGAAGAGGACUUCUCCUCAGGCCAGUCCAGCCAUGUCUCGCCCAGUCCCACCACAGCCUUCCGACGGCCUUUCAGAGAAAAGAGCCGCUCACCGUCACAGAACUCCCAGAAUUCGCAGCAUUCCUUGGACAGCAGCAGCCCACCGACGCCACAGUCCCAGAAGCGUCACCACCGGCAGCCCGGAGGCCACGUGGUCAUGUCUGAAGCCACUAUUGUGAGUGUCCGCAAGACUGGUCAAAUCUGGCCGCCGGCUGCCCAUCACGACCUCUUGCCCCACGGGAGAACAUCCCAUGACAACAGUUACCAUGGAGACCACCUAGAUGGUCAUUAUACCACUAACCCUCCAUCUUAUGGCUACGAUGCAGACCGCGCAGAGGAGCAGCGUCGACACCAUGACAUCCUGCCAUUCAUCGACGACUCGCCGUCAUCUUCCCCACACCUCAGUUCCAAGAGCCGCAGCAGCAGAGACACGCUGUCCUCGGGGUCCAUGGAGUCGUCCAAGUCGAAUGAAUGUGAACUGGAAAAAGGUCUGGAGAUGAGGAAGAGAGUCCUGUCUGGGAUCCUGGCCACUGAAGAAUCAUACCUCAGUCAUCUGGAGGCCCUGCUGCUGCCCAUGAAGCCUCUGAAAGCUGCAGCCACCACGUCCCAGCCCGUCCUCAGUGUGCCGCAGAUUGAAACCAUCUUUUUCAAAGUGCCUGAGCUCUACGAGAUCCACAAAGACUUCUACGACGGCCUGCUGCCUCGUGUGCAGCAGUGGAGCCACCACCAGAGGGUCGGGGACCUUUUCCAGAAGCUGGCCAGCCAGCUGGGCGUUUACAGAGCGUUUGUGGACAACUAUGAACUGGCAGUGGAGACGGCAGAGAAGUGCUGCCAGGCCAACGUGCAGUUUGCUGAAAUCUCUGAGAACCUGAAGGUGAGAAGUCCAAAGGACUCCAAGGACCAGACGUCAAAGAAUUCUCUAGAAGCUUUACUCUAUAAACCAGUGGACCGAGUGACGCGCAGCACACUGGUGCUACAUGACCUGCUCAAACACACACCCACCAACCACCCAGACCAUGUGCUGCUACAGGACGCCCUCAGAAUCUCUCAGAACUUUCUGUCCAGCAUCAACGAAGAGUCGACACCGCGGCGCCAGUCGAUGACUGUGAAGAAGGGAGAGAACCGGCAGCUGCUGAGGGACGGCUUCAUGGUGGAGUUGGUGGAAGGAGCGAGGAAGCUGAGACACGUCUUCCUCUUCACUGAUCUGCUGCUCUGCGCCAAACUGAAAAAACAGAUCGGAGGGAAAAGCCAGCAGUACGACAGUAAGUGGUACAUCCCUCUGACUGAGCUGACCUUCCAGGGGCCUGAGGAGGCUGAACCACUCACCAUCCCCCAGGUCCCUGAUGAGGAGCUGGACACCAUGAAGGUCAAGAUCUCACACCUCCGCAGCGAGAUCCAGAGAGAGAAGAGAGCAAAUAAAGGUUCUAAAGUCAUUGACCGUCUGAGGAAGAAGUUGUCUGAACAGGAGUCUCUUCUCCUGCUAACAUCUCCCUGUAUGCCCAUCAGACUCUACAACAAGAACGGCAAGAGCUACAGUUUCCUGAUUUCCUCCGACUAUGAACGUGUAGAGUGGAAGGAAAUCAUCAAAGAACAGCAGAAGAAAUGUCUGAAAACCUCUUCUCUGUCUUCUGUGGAGCUUCAAAUGUUGACCAGCUCCUGUUUGAAACUUCAGACAGUCCACCACAUUCCACUGAGUGUCAAUAAAGAAGAGGACGAAUCCCCCGGUCUCUGCGGGUUCCUGAAUGUAAUCGUCCACUCCGCCUCCGGCCUCAAACAGAGCUUGAAUCUCUACUGCACAUUGGAGGUUGAUUCCUUUGGCUUCUUCUCAAACAAAGCCAAGACGAGAGUGUAUCGAUACACCACCGAACCCAAGUGGAACGAGGAGUUUGAGAUCGAGCUGGAGGGCUCGCAGACCCUGAGGCUGCUCUGCUACGAGAAGUGUUACAACAAGACCAAGCAGAACAAAGACGACGGAGAGAGCACGGACCGCAUCAUGGGGAAGGGACAGAUCCCGCUUGACCCUCAGGCUGUCCAAGGAAAAGACUGGCAGAGAACAGUUAUUCCCAUGAAUGGGAUUGAGGUAAAACUGUCCAUAAAGUUCACUAGUCGAGAGUUCAGCCUGAAAAGGAUGCCUUCGCGGAAACCUAUGGGUGUUUUUGGAGUCAAGAUCACCACCGUGACCAAGCGAGAGCGCUCCAAGGUGCCCUACAUUGUUCGGCAGUGCCUAGAAGAGAUAGAAAGGAGGGGAAUGGAGGAGGUGGGCAUCUACAGGGUAUCAGGGGUGGCUACUGAUAUUCAGGCCCUCAAAACAGCUUUUGAUACGAAUAACAAGGAUGUGUCAGUGAUGAUGAGUGAGAUGGACGUCAAUGCCAUCGCGGGGACCUUAAAGCUCUACUUCAGAGAGUUACCUGAGCCUCUUUUCACUGACGACCUCUAUCCCAACUUUACAGGCGGCAUCACGUUGUCUGACAGUGUAGCCAAAGAGAGCUGCAUGUUGAACCUGCUGCUGUCACUGCCAGAACCCAACCUGGUCACAUUUCUCUUCCUGUUGGAUCAUCUGAAAAGGAUUGCAGAGAAGGAGAGUGUCAACAAGAUGUCUCUCCAUAACCUGGCAACAGUGUUUGGUCCCACCCUGCUGAGGCCCUCUGAGAAGGACAGCAAGAUCCCGGCGAACCCCACGCAGCCAAUCAGCAUGGGCGACAGCUGGUCCCUGGAAGUUAUGGCACAGGUCCAGGUGCUGCUGUAUUUCCUGCAGCUAGAGACAAUUCCCACUCCAGACAGUAAACGGCAGAGCAUCCUCUUCUCCACUGAAGUAUAGAGGCACCGUUAGCCGUGUCCGUCCGACACUUAACACCCUGACGGAGUGAACCACUGAGGGAAGACGGCUCAGUGAGCCUACGGUAGUAGUUUGUAUGUUUUCAAAUUGACUGGAUAAAUAAGGAUUGUCCCUGGCGAUGUCUUCUCCACUUGAACACAGGAGGGCGCCGUUAGGUGUGUGAAACCCUGGAUGUGAGCAGGUCCUCUGCUCAUGUUUAAUACAAUUCCUGACACCUUCUGUGAUGUUGGGGGGGCAUCUGCCAUCUACAAGUCUCCUCCUUGUCCUUUACCGGUCCAGGAAGUGAACUUUUGCAGCUUGUAGACACUUUAUGGUCAAAAUGUUCUGGGAUGUUAAGAGGCAUCUGUCUUGAUUCGUGGAAUAAGCUCACUAACGAAUCACAUUUUCUAUGUUUUUUGUCGUUCGACGUCGGUCUUUUGGAAGUUUGUUUUUCCGGACAAUCACCACGUCAGAUCUGUUAUGAUUUAUUUCAUUCGUCUUAUUGUCCCGUUAAGGAAAAUUCAAAAUGUGUCUUAAAUUAUCUCACUUAUCCGGCCUGUGUUUUUGAGAGCUUUUCUCUCUUUGGAAUAAAAAGAAAACACAGCAAGCGAACACCUCCAUGUUCAUGUGUUUACAGCCUAAACAAAAACCCAGUUGUGGAGUUGUAGACAAACAUGAAGGGACUGUCAGAAAACGAACGCCAUGGAGUCUGACUGCCAGCAUUAGAUCCAAGAACAAAAGACAAAAACCCUCUCUUCUUUGUCUUGCUUGUGUCUCAAAGGUAGUCGUCAGCAGAAAUACCCAGGAAGCAAUAUAUUUUCUAACAUGGGAUUUGUCUUUGUUCAUAUCUUUGCUGAUGAUACCUUCCUUCUUAUUGUAACAUAGGACUUGUUGCCAAAUUCAUAGGUUGUUGGUUUGUUUCCUUGUUUGUUUCUAGGCUCAACGGAUCCUGUUGUAUUUACAGUUGCAGUAUGUACAUAUUCCUAAAGUUGUGUUAUUGUUUCUUUUUGUUUAACAGCAUAACCAUCGUUGCUAUAAGUGUAAUUUAUUUUUGAGCCCGGGUUUCUUUAUGUGACAUUUAAGGUUUGGACUGGUGGAAGUGGUAGAAUUUAGCCUUGAAGUCUUGCCGUAAAUGUGCAGGAUUAGCCUUGUCGGUAUCUAAAUUCUUUUUAGCCUUCCCAUUAUUGUAAGGGUAUUUUCAUGAGUAAAGAUCCACUCAUUAUAGUUACGUACCUGGAUGCUGCUGUGGAGAAAAAGGCACAAGCACUUCAACUGCUAGAUGUUCCUCAGCACGUCAUUCCAAGACCACCAACUGUGCAGUGCAGGUGUUAUGCAUUGCCAUCAUAUAAAUGAAAUAGAUCAAGUCAUUAGGUUGCAAAGUGAAGCUGGAAAUGUCAUUUUUUGUUGUAACAGAAAAAAAUCCUGUUUAUUUUAUAUUAAUUCUGACUGUAAGAUUGACCUAUCAGACGUGUUAGUGACCUCAAGCUUUGUGUUCUUUUUUUUCAACAUUGUUGGUUUCAUCACAGAGCAUGGUGUCAUCUUGGUCCCAUUUAGGGGAAAAUAGAUGAUAAAGCACAACAUGAGAAACAACGCACAUACAACCAUGUUGUAGUGAAACACCCAUCUUAGCCAUUAGACAGUCCAGGUGUCAGUCACAUCCUGUCCACUCAUAUGCACCACCAUCUCUGGAAAAAUAUCAUCUAUUCUAUUUAUUUCCUCAAAAGAGGAUUCAAAUGUACAUAUUUUCAUUACUUUUUUAAAGGAAAAGAUGAACGAGUGAGCAAAGCCCUUUCAAAGAAAUAUCAUUUUCCUGACUUUGACAUUCAUUUCUAUUUCUAAGACUCUGAAAGCAGUGGUUCCACAUUUGGGAUCCUUUUUGGCUUCACUUUUGCAACCUGAUAGCUAUGUCCAUUUCUUGUAUAUGGUCUACAGUCAUUACACAACACGCGUCAUUGAUGCUCUGUGGCUGCAAAAGUGCACUCACGUAAGCUUUGAACUACUGUAUUUAUUACGAUUGAAGUGACCUGAGCACUCAGUGUGUUGUGCUCCUCCCUAUAUCGGAGCAUAUCAGCUGGUCUAAUGAAGGAAUCUUAAAGUUUUUGGGUUUUUUUCUUCGAAGCCCUAUCAGUACUGUGCUUUGUUUCCUGUUCAUCCCAGAAGAUUUCAACCACCAAGUUAACAACGCUUUAAGUACUUUAGUGAUGCUACAAAUGACAUAGUGUAUAAGUACUAGCCUUUGUGUCUUUGAUUUAACAUGCAGGCAUGUUUUAUUUGUCUUUUUAUAGCUGUGUUUACAAAACGACUUGUCGAUGUGACGCGGGCCACUAACGAAGAACGUCUUACAGUGUGACAUCAUCACGUCCAUCAAUGGAUAAAUAAGAUUUCCUUAACGUUUACUACACUAUAUAUAUGAUAGGCAAAUAUCAGUUUAAUGGAUGUCUUAAGGGCUUUUUCCAAGUGACCACAGGAGGGCAGGUGUGAGAUUUUACACUCUUACUGUUAGAGGUAAAUGGUAAGAGGAGUCAUUCCUCUGACAAACAUAUCAACACUUUA